CCCAUUCUCUCCGGCUGUGCUAACAUGGUCACAUAACAUUUUGCAUGGAGAGGUCCAAGCGAGGAGCUUGUGGCCAAUGGCUGCAGGCGGAAGCGCCUCUGAUCGCUACAAUCUUGUGCGUUACCAUAGCUGGCCUCGGCCUUCUUCGUGUGGCGGGGGACCACUUGGUAGGUGCCACGAGAACUUCACUUGAUGCUACUUGCCCGGCCACGAACACGGCUGGUAUGUUUGCAUGUGAUGGAGGAUCUGCAGCACACAGGCGGUCAUAUGACAUCUCUGGCGCUGAGCAAGUCCGUCGCUUGCGGACAGUCUCCUCAUGCGAGUUCACACGAAUCCCAACGGCAACUGACCAGGUGCCGUGGCCACCACCUGAGCCCAUGGUGAUGGAGUUGCCAGGGUGGAAUGCUGAACGCUUUCGCCACAAUGCUUUCCUGGAGCGGUUUAAGGAGUGGCGCUGGCCUUUGAGCACCUUUCUGCGUGAUCCGUGGUUGGCCCUGGUCGGCCAGAAGGGUGAACUGCUGCCAGAGGCGGUUGAGGUAUCUUUCCAAGAGUACUUGCAGAUCCGCAACGCCACGGCCCGCAACAUUUUCUUGUUCCUCCGGGAUGAGGUGAACAGCACAAUACAGGGCAGCCGGGUGGAGCUUCGUCAUCGUUUCUUCAAGGCCUUGGAGGCAGAAUUGCAUCCACCUUUGAGCACAGACCUCCGUAUCUUUGCCAUGGAUGGUCUGGCUGCGGGGCACGGAAUGCAUCGGCACAGAGAAGCGUGGUUAGCAUCCCUGGCUGGGCGCAAGCUUUGGUGGGUGGCACCUCCAGCACCUUCGGUGAAUGCACCUGGACGGCCUAGCUUCCCCUACAAGGCUUUGACCCCAGAGGAAGGUGGUUGGCCCUGUUCCUGGCUACUUCAAGAGGAGCUGGUGCCCAAUGGCGUGACGAGGUGCGUGCAGCACCCUGGCGAGGCCAUCCUUCUGCCAGCUGACUGGUGGCACAUGACUUGCUCGCUGUCCGACUUCAACAUUGCUGUUGGAGGCCAAUCUGCAGCCCAGGUUCCAUAGUCACUAACAAGAAGAUCUUCAACGAUUCGGGCCUGGACGGAGGCGGCGGCAAAGGCCUCAAACUGAGGUCACCUGAAGCAAAUGUGCAACUCGUGAAGUUCAUGAAGGCAUAGGGCCAUAUGCUCGGGCUGGCCAAUGAAAGAAUGAAAGGGCACGACUGCCACCACUUUGCCAGGCACUAUUGUAUGAUGUCGCAUAGCGGAGGUAUUUGCGUACUGGUGUGUUAUCUUCUGACUGGAACAGCAAGAAGAAGGUAGGACCCCACAACAUAAGCAUUCACUUCACAGAGUGAUCUUCUCUGGCCAUGAUGGCUCACAUUGCAGGACAAAGAUGCC